UUUUUACUUUUCUCCAGAUCUUCGCGGCUGAUUACUACUUACUUACUAUUUCUGUGACUUUUUUUUUUUUUUCCUCCCUCACUCCACCCGACUUCCGGUCACUUGUACGUCAUCAUCCGCCUUUUCGAUUCUGGGCAAACUUGGACUUGUAUCAUUAUCAACCCCGCCGCGCGCCCCGACUUGCUUUCGUAGUCCAAUUCCAUCAUUUCUCUCCCUCCCACUUAUUCUUUUUCCCCUCUUCCGCUUUUUAAGUACCGGAUUAGGGACGUAAAACUCUCCCACCCCAAUCUCGAACCCUCACUAUUUUUUGCACCAAUCAAUCCUCAUAUUCCCGCCACCCCGUCCUCUUUGGCCCAAUUUCUCUCGAUUUUAUAAAGGUCAACGAGAGAAGAUAAAUCUUUUGUGUCACCAACGUGAGAAAGAAAAGGAAAACAAAAUACUCUUAUCACAAUGAGGAACCCUUUUGAUAUGUCCGACCUCGACUCUCUUGUCGAUGAACAAGAGGAGCAGCCUUAUAUUGACAUUCACGCCUACCAAACACAUGACGGCAAUCGUUCUCUCCUGCAGCCAAAUGAAAAUCGUCAUGGCGACAGCUUGAAGGACCGGUUCAUUGGUGCCAUUGACACCGGCACCACGAGCUCCCGCUUUAUCAUCUUUGACUGCACUGGUGUCCCUGUCGCCAAAUAUCAAAUGGAGUUCCGUCAGAUCCACGAGCAUUCAGGAUGGCACGAACAAGACCCUUUCGACUUGGUGGAUUCGGUUUACACAUGUAUCGAGGAGGCGAUGAAGUCUUUCAUGGCUCUUGGCCACUCACCAUCAGAGAUCGAAGCCAUCGGUGUCACCAGUCAACGAGAGACGACGCUUGUUUGGGAUUGGGAGACCGGCGAGCCGCUGCAUAACGCUAUCGCGUGGCCCGACACCAGGACCAAGGGUCUCGUUCGAGAGCUGAAGGCCCAACCCGGAGCGGAUGAGUUGAAGAACAUCUGCGGGUUUCCCCUUUCGACUUACCCCUCCUCUGUCACCUUAGUAUGGAUGCUUCGGAACCUACCGGAAGUCAAGAAGGCAUAUGAUGAAGGAAGGCUCGCCUUCGGCACUGUUGAUACGUGGCUCAUGUAUAACCUGAACGGUGGUCCGGAGGGAAACGUCCUGGUGACUGAUGUGACGAACGCAUCAAGAACGAUGUUCAUGAACCUGAAAACGCUUGAUUAUGACGAUAAUUUGUUAAAUUUCUUCGGCAUUGACAGGGCGAAGAUUAGACUUCCUAAAAUUCUCCCAUCAUCCGACCCAGACGGAUAUGGAUGGGUCAGGGGGGGACCGCUUGAUGGUGUCCCGAUCACCAGCUGCCUUGGCGACCAGUCUGCGGCAUUAGUCGGUCAUUGUGCCUUCACACCUGGAACAGCGAAGAACACAUAUGGCACAGGAUGCUUCCUUCUUUACAACGUUGGUGAGGAGCCCGUCAUUUCUAAACAUGGCUUGCUCAGCACAGUUGGAUUCCAGUUGGGUAAGCAUCGGAAAGCCGUUUAUGCGCUUGAAGGUAGUGUGGCUGUGGCCGGAAGUGGUGUUUCCUUCCUGAUGAACAACAUGGGUUUCUUCCGUGAUUCGCGGAAAGUGAGUGAAGUGGCAGCAACGGUUCCAGACAGCGGAGGCUGUGUGUUUGUCACCGCGUUCAGUGGUCUGUUUGCGCCGUACUGGAUUGAUGACGCUAAGGGAACUAUAUUCGGAAUCACUCAGCACACGCAGCGUGGACACAUUGCUCGUGCCACCAUGGAAGCUGCCUGCUUCCAAACUAAAGCAAUCCUCGAUGCCAUGGAGAUGGACAGCGGACACGCAUUGUCCGAACUCGCCGUCGAUGGCGGUAUGAGUAAUUCCGAUAUUUGCAUGCAGACUCAGGCAGAUAUUAUCCAGAUCCCUGUUGAACGGCCAGCGAUGCACGAAACCACCGCUCUAGGUGCCGCAAUCGCGGCGGCAUUCGCCAUUGAUAUCUGGAAGGAUUUCAGCGAGCUCAAGAACAUGAACCGCGCCAAUCGCACAACAUUCCAGCCCCAUAUUUCCGCCGCUCAGAGCUCGAAGCUGUAUAAGCGAUGGAGCAAAGCAGUCGAGAUGUCUCGAGGCUGGACGGACCCAGCUGAUGAGGCAGAGGAGGAAUGAUUACAUACAUACACAAGCGACAAACGAGACCCAUCUAUAUACAUAAUUCUGGGAUGCGAUUUGCGAUUUAGCGUUGUCUUUAUGUUCUUUUUGAUUUCCAUGUCUUGGGGUUUUGGGUACGGG